AUGAAGCUUUUACAUUUGUUCCUUGUUGUGAUUAUUGCUGAAGAAGUUUUCUCGGGUGAAGGCAAUUCUUGCUCAAGUCCACCUUUGCCGUUCAGCCCAAAAUCAACUGGAAAUCAAAAGAAAAUUAAUGAAAUUAUAGCAUCAGUAAAUGUUGUAAACCAAAUUCUAUUCACAGUUUUGGAUUCAAUAUUUGAUCAAAUCGCAAUUGAAACUGCUUCUUCUGCUGAUUACUUGAGUGGCGUUAUCACACAACAAAUUGAUCCUGCCGAUUAUCCAAUUUCUUGCAUUGCUGAAGCAUUAAUUCAAAUGUAUCAAUUUGUAUUUUCCACAUAUGGAACGAUUGUAGACACUGCUAUUGCAGCCAAAGCAAGUCUUGAAGCAAUGCCAUAA